AUGAAGUUCAACGUUGCAAAUCCGACUACUGGUUGCCAGAAGAAGCUCGAGAUCGAUGACGACCAGAAGCUGCGAGCAUUUUGGGACAAGAGAAUUUCACAGGAGGUUAGCGGAGAUGCUCUGGGCGAGGAGUUUAAAGGAUAUGUGUUCAAAAUCACUGGUGGCUGUGACAAACAAGGGUUCCCAAUGAAGCAGGGAGUGCUAACACCUGGUCGUGUCCGCCUUUUGCUCCACAGAGGAACUCCUUGCUUCCGUGGGUAUGGAAGGCGCAAUGGAGAGCGUAGGAGGAAGUCCGUUCGUGGGUGCAUUGUCAGCCCAGAUCUCUCUGUUCUGAACUUGGUAAUUGUGAAAAAGGGAGAAAAUGACUUACCAGGGCUGACUGAUGUUGAAAAGCCAAGAAUGAGAGGUCCAAAGAGAGCAUCCAAGAUUAGGAAGCUGUUCAACCUUUCUAAGGAAGAUGAUGUGAGGAAGUAUGUCAAUACAUACCGUCGAACCUUCACAACAAAAUCUGGGAAAAAGGUGAGUAAAGCUCCAAAGAUUCAACGACUUGUCACUCCAUUGACCCUGCAAAGAAAGCGUGCCAGGAUUGCUGAUAAGAAGAAGAGAAUUGCGAAGGCAAAAUCAGAGGCAGCCGAGUAUCAGAAACUUCUUGCCUCCAGAUUGAAGGAGCAGAGGGAACGCCGCAGUGAGAGUUUGGCAAAGAGGAGGUCCAAGCUUUCCAGUGUUUCUAAGCAGCCUACUGCAGCAUAG